CCCCAUCAUAAAUACAUACAUGAAUGUAUACACAUAAACGCAUCCAUGCAUGCACAUAUACAUGCAUACAUCCAACUACCUCCCCCACCUCUAUUUAUUCCCACCCACGCUCCCAUUUUUUCUCUUCAUUCGAACAUUUUCCGAGACAAUCAAAGAGGAUUUAGGCACAAUUGAAACAGGAAAAAAAAUAAUGGGCGCCGAGAAAGAGGCUGGAAAAGGUGAAGGCGAGAAGAAGGCCGACGCCGGCAAGGACUCUGGUAAGGGCGCCGGCGACGGCGCCCUUCCCGUCGUCCUUAAGAUUGACAUGCAUUGCGAGGGGUGUGCCAAGAAAGUCAAACGAUUUGUCAAGAAUAAUAUUGAGGGUGUUGUAGAGGUCAAGGCAGACUGUAAUAGCAACAAAUUGACCGUGGUAGGGAAGGUGGACCCGACCAAAGUUCAGGAGAAGGUGGCUGAGAAGACCAAGAAGAAGGUGGAGCUCCUCUCUCCUCCGCCCAAAAAGGAUGCCGGCAGCGGCGGGGAUAAAAAGCCUGAAGAGAAGAAGGCCGAGGAGAAGAAGGCGGACGAUAAGAAGCCCAAAGAGCCUCCGGUGAGUACAGUUGUCCUGAAGAUCAAAUUGCACUGCGACGGGUGCAUUCACAAGAUAAAGAGAGUUAUUUCCAAGGUCAAAGGAGUACAGGAAGUAACGGUAGACCCGCAGAAGGAUCUAGUAAUGGUGAAGGGAACGAUGGACGUGAAAAGCCUAACGCCCUACCUCAGUGACAGGCUGCGAAGAAACGUCGACGUGGUUCCUCCGAAGAAAGACGACGGCGGCGGCGGCGACAAGAAGGCUAAAGACGGCGGAGAUAAGAAAGAUCAGAAGGAAGGCGGAGGCGGCGAGAAGGAGAAAAAAGGCGAUGGCGGUGGUGAUAAAAAGAAAGAGGCCGGUGGAGACGGAGACGGAGACGGCGGCAAGAUGGAGACGAGCAAGAUGGAGCACUAUGGGUACCCGUACGAUGAGGGACACGUGUACGAUCCAGGUUACGGCCAUGCGUAUUAUCAGGUACAACAGGCGUACUACCCUCCUCCUCCUCCUCUUUAUCAACAUCCUCAGGGUUAUCCGGUACCGUACGUGCACCCGGACGCGCCUCAGAUGUUCAGCGACGAGAAUCCCAAUGCUUGCUCAAUCAUGUGAUCAACGGCCGUGAUGGAGAGAUGUUCAAAACAUAUAUAUGUAAAUAACUAUACAGCUCUAUCGUUCAUGGUUAAAGAUCGGAGGAAAUUAGAAUUUUAUGUAUUUCUUUUGGAUUAGAGUAGACCGCCCGUGGGCCGGCGGCUCAGCCGGUUCAGUGAGUGAGGUGAUUGGUUCUAUAAGUUUUUUUUUUUUUUUUUUAAAACUCCUUUCAAUUUUGUGUUAUUUUACUAUUAAUUUAUAUAUAAAUUAAUCCAAAUAAAGCGUGGUGUACACAGUAAAUGUAAAUGAAAUAAGAGCUGAAACAUCUUUAUGGUGUA